UUUACGGCACAAGGCCAUGGCGUCGUACGGAGGCUUUUUCGAAAGCACUCAGAACAUCGACGAGCGGAGAGAGCAGAAGAGGGAGGCGAGGCGAGGCGUUCUCGCACAGGUAAAAGCUGAGUAUGAGCGAGAUCAGAAACGUAAGGAGCAGAAGCGACUGCGUGGGGAAGACACAUGGAUGCUUCCCGCUGUAAACGAGCGUCUGGAGGAAAUGGACAAGGAACAUGGCAAAAAACACAAAAAGAAAAAAGAGAAGUCGAAGAAGUCUAAAAAAGAGAAGAAAAAGAAAAAAUCUAAGCAAGUUGAGAAGUCUGACAGUGCCAGUGACUCUACUUCCGCCUCAGAAGAGGAGUGGGUUGAAAGUAACGCUGUUCCUGCUUCUGGAAGCAGCCAGUCAUCAGACUCCACCAGGGAAAGAUCAGCUGAUGCUGUUAACGCUUCAGUCAAUGCCCCCUUAGUGAGGGAUGAUUGGAUGAACUUCGACUUCCUGACGAUGAAGUCCUACUCUAGAACAGACGUCAAAUCAGAAAAACAGAAAGCCAAAGAAUUGGAUAAAGAAAUCAGGGAUGCGAUUGACAAGCCUGGUGUACACGCUCGUGAGCUCAACCCAUACUGGAAGAACGGAGGAACAGGCCUCCCCCCACAGGAAAGCGAGCAAUCCGUCACCUCGGGAGCUUCUCAGGGACCAUCGGCGGUUGGUGAUGGCGGGCUCAGCUGGCUGAGACGAGCUCGUCAGAGAAUGCAAGAGCAGGCAGACAAGGAGCAGAGGUCACUGGAUGAAGUUCUCGAAGAGCGAUACGGAUGCAAAGAAAAAUUUUAUUCGAUGCUGUCAGAAGCAGAGCGCACGGCAGCAUCUCAGCGGUUUUAUUACCGGGGCGGUCAGAGGUGGAGGAAGACUGCAGCAAACAACUCGUCAACUCCUCCGGCGUGGAAGAGGGAAGAGAGACACAGGGACCGCACGGAUCGGGACAGCCAUGAGGAAGGGGAGGGAAAACAAGAUGUUGACGGAACACAGGAAAAAGACCGGGGUCGCUCUGCUGGUUCAGACAUGGACCGGGAUAGGCAAAGAGACACUCAAAGAGAUGGACAAAGAGGGGAGCAAAGAGACAGGCAAAGGGAUGGGCGCAGGGAUGAUGAGAGAAGUCGGCACCAAUAUCAGGGGAGUCGCAGAGACUGGAGCAGGGACGGCGACCAGGACAGGGAGAGGCGGUCGCACGGUAGUCCGGAUAGACAUCGCGGUCAAAGAGAUCGACAUAAAGAGCGUGACCAAGAAAGAGAGGGAGUCAGGUGGUCUCGAAGAAGUCCUGAUGUCCGCACCACCAUCAACACAUCUACAUGUUCUCUUAAGUCCAAGUUCAUGAAGCCUUCAGACGACGAUGAUGGGGAUGCAUUUCUCGGAAGUGGCUUGGCUUUGAAGGAACCACGCUCAGUGGAAACUCCUCGGAGUGCCUUUCGAAGGCCGAGAGACGAUGAUGAUGGUGGUGGUGGUGGUAAUGCUAAAGAUGUUCUUUCUUCCAGCUCAACAGUACCACAGAGAAAAGAGGUUGCUAAAAAUGACCAAACUAAGGAACGUUCUGAAAGCCCAGCAGAGGAAGACAGACAGGAAACAAAGCAAAGAGCCCACUUGCGGGGUAUAGGUGAAAGAAGUGAGCCCUCGUUAAAGCAAGCAGCAGAUGAUCGUCCUAAGGACAAAUCUUCCGCCACUACCGAUGCUGCUGAAUCUGCUCCAGUGGCUCUGGUUGAUGAGGCUACCCCAGCUGCUCCUUUGCAGGUGCUGAGUGAAGGAGAAAUGAACCAGCUGGGGGCACGGCUGGUUAAAGCGGAGCUCCUGGGCAACCAGGAGCUCGCUGAUAAAUUGAAAGCCCAGUUGGACGAGGCUCGGAAAGCCAAGCUAAACCAAACUCAGCAGCCGGGUUUUGCAGCCAGCCAGCAGAUGACAAAGGCUACAGGUGCUGCGAGAGGCAGAGGAGCGGAGGAUGAGACAGACGUGCUGCUGUACAGGACAGAUCGAGCUGGGCAGUCGUGGCCUGUGUCCGCUCCCGCGCACUUUGCUGAGCCCAGAGGGGGACGACGCAAGAACCGCCCGGUGGAGACGCACGCAGCCGGGGAGCGUGCGCGUUACUUUGGCGAUGACGAUCAGCACAGUCUGCAGGAGCUGGUGCGCAGGGAGCGGAUGAGCACGGCCGAAGAUCAGAAUGCGAUGUUCGCUCGCCUCUCCAAGUUUGCGGAGAAGACGGACCGUGAAUAUUUCACGCUGGACGACAUGUUCGUGUCGAAAGCGGCGAAGGGGGAGAGCACGGGCCGCGAGGACGAACUGCACAAGCAGCGCGCCAUGGAGGAGCACCGCCGCCUCGUCGGAGAGAUGGCCAAGUGCAACCACUGCUUCGACAGCGCCGACUUACCAAAGCACCUGGUGGUGGCCGUCGGCAGCAAGGUGUACCUGCGCCUGCCCAGUCAGCAGUCGCUGGCUGAGGGCCACUGCCUGAUUGCUCCACUGCAGCACUUUUCAUCUGGAAAUAUGCUGGAUGAGGACAUCUGGGCUGAGAUACAGUCUUUCCGCCGUGCGCUGGUGAAGAUGUUUGCGGAGCAAGACGAGGACUGCGUCUUCAUGGAGGCGAACAUGCACCUGAAACGCCGACCACACAUGGUGUACGAGUGCGUGCCCCUUGCCCGUGAACUGGGUGACAUGGCUCCCAUCUACUUCAAGAAAGCCAUUCAAGAAUCGGAUGAGGAGUGGGCCAUGAACACCAAGUUGGUGGACCUCUCCCAAAAGGACAUUCGCAGAGCUGUUCCAAAGGGCUUGCCAUACUUCAGCGUGGAUUUUGGCAUGCAGGGUGGCUUCGCUCACGUUAUUGAAAACGAGCAGAAGUUUCCCGACUACUUUGGAAGGGAGAUCUUGGGGGGCAUGAUGGACCUGGAGCCGCGGCGCUGGCGGAAGCCGUUUCGGGAGCCAUUCGAGGAGCAGCGCAAGAAGGUGCUGCAGUUUGCACAGAGAUGGAAGCCCCACGACUUCACCCGGAGCUAAGAACGAGCGGUGCAGGCAAGGGAUAGCUCGCAACACGAGGAGCUGCUCCGUGAUCCAUUGGCUUCUGACAUCUAUUUCGCUCCUAUGCUGUGGGAGCCUCUUCCAUCACCUUCUUGAAGGAGGCUCUCAGUUCCCAAAGCUCCCCAGGACUUGGAGCGAAACGUCGGACGUCAAUCCGAACGAAUGGUACAACCGGAAAACACAUUGGAGAGCUGAACCGUGACCUAUGCCCUAGUGUGUUUAGCGGAGAUUAUCUGAACGUCUUCAGCAACCGUGUUAUACGAUGUCAUAGUGUAUGUUAACUCGGUGCUUUUGUAAAAUGUUUCUACGGUGGGCUGCCGUGCAGCCGCCAUGCAGCUAGUCACAUGAGCUGACGAUGGGGUCAACACUUCAUAUUUAGAGGGCUUUCAGGGACAGCUGAGUAUGGUGCCACUGUUGGUGUCUGCCAGUGCUUUCCUAGUAGCCAAUGGAUAGGCAUUGGCUCGCGGUUUUGAGCAAUUAGCUUUGUGAACCACUGGGAAAUUAAUUGCGUAAGUCAAGUAAACUUGAUCCAGGUUUAAGUGGGAAAUUGUGGCAUGAUGUAAUUCAGCUGGACAUUGACAUGUUCCUUCCAUUUGUACAAUACUGCCUGUACAAUGUAACGUUUAAAGUUAAUGUACAUUUUUUUUAAAUCCACCCCUGUGUAAUCGUGUCAUCUUUAACAAAAAAUAAAAAUGAUGUGCAUACA